AUGAAGCUCUUCUUGCUGCUUCCUUUCGCCUUUGCACAUGGCCCGUUGAAGGAACUCCUUCAUCCAUUGGGGCCUGGCUGGAUCCGUAAGGAGUCCUUGCAGAAGCUUCCUGUAUCAAUAUCUCCCCGCGGUGAAGCUGCCAUUCAUCUGCUCAAUGGCACUGCGAUUGCAGCGAUCACUGCGGCAGACGACUGGACCCGCGUCCGGCACGUACUCCCUGGAAAUGACACACAGAGGGCAACGUUGGCGCAGCUGGGGACCACGUUAUACCGGUCAGGUAUGGCGGAUAUCUCAGGGACAACACUGUUCAUCUGGCUGGGAACUGUGCUCGCGCUCGGCCUCAUCGUGGGGGUUGGCAUUCCCUUUGGAGUGAGCUACUACUACGAGGAGGUGGCCGCUGCUCCGUGGCUAAAUCUACCUGAUCUCCGACGAAGGAGAAAUCAGGAAACAGCCACGCCGCCCCAACGGCCCCAGCGCAGCGAGAGCCCAGAGGCCCGCAGGGGUUCGUCGCGACGGAGACCGUCGCGGCGGCGUGAACGAGAGGUUAAGCCGCCCAUGAACGUCUCCAGCAGUACCGACGACACGGGUCCCGACUUCUCUGCUGAAGAUUGGAGCGUACUUUCCCAGCCUGGCAAAGUCGACAAGGCAUCCUUGUGCUUCACGCAGCUGCCCAAGACGCCACAAGAACAUGUGGCAAGUUCAAAACAGAUGUCCUCCGACGAGUCCGACCACUCUGCAAAGGGUCUGCGAAUGCAGGCAGAGCUUUUGGCAGACAAGACAGGACAAAGACAUAGGCUCUCCACCGAGAGCACCACGGCCGAGGAAUCCACCUCGUCGAUGUCGAGUAUCCUUCGAGUCAAAGAGGAAGUCCCUCGUGACAGUCUUCGACAAAGCCAGUCCAAGCCCGAUGCCGUUCGUAGCUCACGGGGGCGUUCCCCCGACGAGCCGCAGGACAAGGAGUCCAGGAAGUCCAGUGCUGGAAAGCGCGCAGUUUCCUUUGAUGCCAAAGUUGAGGUCCAAAGCAUGGAGGUCAAAAGCCGUGAGCGAUCAAAGAAGCGGACCACAAGCCAGAAGCAAAGCUCAUCUCCAGCCUCAAAGAAGGAUCCCAGGGCGCGGCGGCGCGGGCAUCUGCGCAGCCGAUCACCACAGUCUGAUGCCUAG